GACACAACACAAUCUCCAGCAGUAGGUGAAACACCAUCGACUCUCCUGCUACGAUUACAGUCACCCUCCACCAAAACUCGGCGAUAUGGCAGUCAGUGGCACCCGGACUUUGAAUCUCGUUCGGCACAACUUGGGUGCCAUUCAGAAUGUGUCUUCGAGGGCCAGCUCUUGGUGGAGUGGUGUUGAAAUGGGUCCCCCUGAUCCAAUCCUGGGAGUUACAGAAGCCUAUAAAAGGGAUACUAAUCCCAAAAAGAUGAACCUUGGUGUUGGUGCAUAUCGAGAUGACAAUGGCAAGCCUUUUGUCCUUCCAUCUGUGAGAAAGGCUGAAGAGUUGAUUAUAAGUCAGAAGUUGGACAAGGAGUACCUACCCAUUUCAGGUAAUGCUGAGUUCUGCAAGCUCUCUAUUGGACUAGCUCUCGGGGAUGACAACCCAGCUCUUAAAGAUGGAUUGAAUGUGACAACGCAAGCUAUUUCUGGCACAGGUGCAUUGAGAAUUGGCUCUACCUUCCUUUCAAAGUUCUUCCCAGGACCAAAGGUUGUUUGGCUGCCCAAGCCGACAUGGGGUAACCACGUGCCGAUUUUCAAGCACGUAAACAUGGAUGUACAGCAGUACCGAUACUAUGAUCCUAAAACUUGUGGCUUUGACUUUGCUGGUGCAUUAGAAGAUAUUUCAAAAAUUCCUGAGGGAAGCUUGAUUAUGCUUCAUGCUUGUGCUCAUAACCCAACUGGUGUUGACCCCAAGCCAGAGCAGUGGGAUGAGAUGAGUCAGCUUAUCAAGAAGAAGAACCUUUUCCCGUUCUUUGACAUGGCAUAUCAGGGCUUUGCUUCCGGAGAAGUGGCAAGAGAUGCAUAUGCAGUUAGAAAAUUCCUGGCAGAUGGACACAAGAUAUGUCUUUCACAAUCAUUUUCUAAAAACAUGGGAUUGUAUGGUGAAAGAGCUGGUGUUUUCUCUAUCAUCUGUAAUGACAAAGAUGAAGCUGCUCGUGUUAUGUCCCAGGUGAAGAUCAUUAUUCGUCCAUUGUAUUCUAACCCCCCUCUUCACGGAUCCCGUAUUGUUGCAACUAUUCUUGGUAAUCCUGAAUUACAUGCUAUUUGGUUGGAAGACGUAAAGGGAAUGGCAGAUCGUAUUAUUUCCAUGAGACAGAAACUCAAGGACAAUCUAGCAAAGGAAGGAUCCAUCAGGAACUGGAGCCACAUCACAGAACAAAUUGGCAUGUUCUGUUUCACUGGAAUGACACCUGACCAGGUAAGGUGUUUUAAAUAUUGGUAGCUAAAUAAAGUUGUU